UGUUUUUGUUAUUCUCGCUAACGCAGAAAAUCCUGCACUUGUCGACCGGCAAUUACGUUUUACAAUAAUUUUUCUACAAUUUCGGUGCAAAAGACACCACGACGGCCUUAAGAUUGACCCGUCAAGCAUGGUGUCCACGCGGACCUAUAAAUACAAAUUCGCGGAUGGCGAGAAGGUGCUUUGCUACGAACCAGAUCCAACUAAAGCGAAAGUGUUGUAUGAUUCGAAGGUAUUAGAGGUAUCCGAAGGGAAAGAUAAGCGUGGUCGGAGACUUAUCGAAUAUUUGAUACACUUCCAAGGAUGGAACUCUUCCUGGGACCGGAAGGUCAGUGAAGACUUCAUACUCAAAGACACCGAGGAAAAUCGACAACUACAGAAGGAUUUGGCGGAAAAGUCUCAACUGCAUCAGGGGACGUAUCUUUAUCGGAAGGAGCGAAAAAAGAGAGAUAAAAGUUUGACGGCGCGAAUCGAAUGUCUAACGACUGGCGCGCCAAAGCCGUCUCAAGUUAACCAAGGAUCAUCCGAGGAGGGUAGCUCUUGCAGCAAUGGUUUUAGCCGAGACGAGGGCGAGUUCAAUAUUGACGCAUUGGAUGGUGACACUGAGUACUAUAGCAGUUCAGUUGAAAGUAGCCACGAGGAGGACAAAGUGUACAUUCAGGUCGGAGACAAACUGAAAAGAUAUCUCGAAUUCGAUCACAGCAUGAUAUCGGAGAACAAUCUCAUUGAAAUACCCGCCAAGAUUCCGAUUGUGACAAUUUUGGAAAACUUUGUCCGUCACUACACAAUUCGGCAACUGUUCGAUUUGGGACAGGAACAAGCGAAACAUAGACGACGAAAUAGCUCCUUCCUGAAAGGGGAUCAGAAAACCAAAGACUACGAAGCGAUUCGAGCCAAUGUCGAACUUUGCAAAGAAGUAGCCGACGGUUUGCGUUUGUACUUCGAUUUCACGCUGAAGGACUAUCUUUUGUACCCUCGUGAGAGGCACCAGGCGGAGUUGGUCUUGUCGGAAGAGUAUCUGACGAAUUUUACGUAUAUAGCAACGCCCAGCUUUUCUCUAGAUUUACUCACGAUACGUUUGGAAUCACCAGUGACUGAGCCUGGAGUUGAGCAAGCCGAUCCAUCGAGUGCUGGCAGUUAUGCAACAGCCCAAGAAGAGAAAAAACGCCGUCGAUUACGUUCUCACAAGAAUGAGGAAAACGAAUUUAUCCUUGAUUUGGGUUUCAUCAAGCCGGAAACCCUUUCUCCGGGUAACACCAACGCGCUAACAUUUUCGCUGCUGAAAACUGCUUUCCCCACGAAUGUAACCAUUUCUUACCAAGCGAAAGAGAUUUUGGAAGAUGCGCUCGAGUGGAAAAUUCUACCUUCCAAUGCUCCCGCGGAACCGUCCAUGAUUUAUGGCGCACCACAUUUGGCACGAUUGAUCGUCAAACUGCCGGAGUUUCUGUCCGCCACCACGAUGGUCGACGAGAAGUUGAAACUUUUGUUGAAGUUUCUGGAUUGUUUCUCCGAGUUUAUGGAGGAUCACGAGGAACUGUUCGGAAGGCAGAUGUACACCGAUAAGGGAGCCAUGGGUGAUGUGGUGAAGCUUGAGGGAGACGUCGGACUCGCGGCCACAGAUACUAGUGGAAUGAGCUGCAUGCGGAUAAAGGAGGAACAUCUAGGAUUGCAGGAUGCCGGGUUAAUACCUGGCCCGCUGUUGUCCGAUGUGAAGGUUGAGUUGCCUUAGAAGAGAGCUGAUAAACUGUUUUGUUAACAAAUGAUGCUUGAAGGAUUGGAAGAAGCCUUGCAGUUUUUUUCCAUUAUCAAAAUGAAUAUCAUUACUCGAGUGGAGUAUUUCACAUCUAUUAUUAUUGUUAUGCGUAGGAAUUAAAAUAAACACAUUCAAUAAAUCAGAGAUUAUAAUCAGACAA